CAGCCUCUUCCUGUACAAUCUCUCCCUCGGUGUGUCGAUGCACGCUCCCGUCUCCAGCUGCGAACGCGUCCUGCUCUGCCCGCCUGUCAGGCGCAGGUCUCUGGGUCUGUAGGUUGGGCUUGCUUUUGCUUUUCGUACGUUUGGUGUAUCCAUGCUCACGUCUUUAGUAAGAAGUCGCUUACAACUAGGUGACUGAAGGGGAGUUGAAAGGAGGAAGCGAAGCUGGCAGGGGAUUUCUCUUCAUUCAGAGCCGAUUCUUGGGUGUCUCCUGUCAUCAGGCAGCCUCUCCAGGGUGCCCCUGAGUGACCCGGCAGGACGAGGGUCUCUCUGGAAGGAUGCUUCUUUCUGUUUUAAUUUUGCUGGUGUAAGUCUUCCGUUCUUCCCUUUAUUUAUCAAAUCAUGCUAGAGAAUGGGUGUCUUCAUCGCGCUCUUUUUUUGGAGGGAGAUAAAGGGCAUCGGCAUCCUUGCACCCGCUCCCAAGACUGAUAUGAACGCUUUUGUUUGCUGGCAAGACCAGUUUCAAAUGUGCAAUGCUUUUAUUCUUUUAGGGUGCGUGUUUCUAGGCCCGCGCAGGUACGGAGACUGGAUGUGUUUGCUGUUUGCUGCGGCGGCGGGGAAGCGGGCACGUAGCGUUGUUUCGGUAGAGUUGGAAGAUGUUAGAAAAGUCUCAGAGAGGGCACGGCUUGUGUGUUUGGAAAACGCAACUGUCUAUUUAGGGCUUCUAAGGGUCCUUCAGGAUAUAAUAAUUCAUAAGGAGUGUAGCAGCAUGUAGUGGAUGUUCUUCAACCCUCUUUUUAAAGCCCGCUCAUAAACCUAGCAGUAGUGUGGUGUUUUGGUAGGCUUUUAUUUCUUAAAUAGAAACAAACCACUGUAGGGGAUCAUCUGGGUCAUCUAUUCUCAUUCCAUGCAGUCACACGCUGGGUUUGGUAUCUCUUUGUACUGCUCAAAUAUCCACAAAACCAAAGUUACCUUUUGAAAUGAUUGUACAGUUAAAUGAAGAACCCUGUAUUUUUUUUUUUUAAGCUUGUGUUAUAGCUACACAUUUGGGCUCAUUCUUAAAAACACCAGUACCGUUUCUGUGACAAAGGUUAGAAAUCCUAGUUUUCCAGUAAAAAAAUUCCAAAUGUAAACAAAACCAUCUGAUUGGAAAUGAAGACUCUACUAAGGUAGUUAAGAACAUUUACAAAUCAUAUUUUCAGCUCUGCCUGACUUCUGUCCUGCAUUUUCCUUAUUUUCUUCCUUGUUUUCUUCCCUUCUGAAGCAGUGGGCACAGAAGCUCGCACUGGCUCCAGCUGAGUGCUUGCUUUUGGCCCUAAGCCCACUGCUAAAGAUGGACCCAAGGCAGGCUCCUCUGUCAUUGCUUUCAUGUAGUUUCUAUUUUCUUAUGUGUAUGCCUUGGCUCAUCUUGCAGUCAGCUCUUUCAGUUUAACUCUACAAUUGCGUUCGUUUUCCUGGCCGAUGUGGAAUAAUAGACAUUAGAGAGACGGAGAGAACCUAUUGCGGGUCGUGUCUGGUCCAUCCCCCAGGGAACAUCACAGGAUUGCUUCCAGCAGGAUAUUUUCAGAUGCUUUGUCCAACCUAGUUUCAAAUGUCUCGAGUGACUGGGAUUCCAUUCCAACCGCCAGUUUGCAUUUGAAGGUGGAAUAAGGAAGAUAUAAUUUGUUCUUUCCUAGGAGACUCCUGUACUCUCAUCUGAGAUGAGUAGCCUUACUUCUUACCGCUAUCUUUACCAGCCUCUGUUGCUUUAAACCCAGCUGCCUGGUGGCUAAGAGCCCUUUUGGGGUCAGAAACGCUUCCUUUGGGACUCAGAAAGACCACUCUCGGGCAAUUAGAGGGAGAAGGUCCCCAAAGAAGGUGAAGUCUUCAAGCAGCAUUGCCCCGUUGGAGAAGGGAGCUAAUUUUCAAGAAGUGGGAGCUGCAGCUUGCAGAGGGAAACCCUGAGAGCAUCGGUAGUGGAGCAGAAAGCAAGAGGGACACAUGGUAUAGCUGGAUGAAAACAGCAGUUUGGUCGGGUCGUCAGCUGGAGACUUGUACGAACACAGAACCUCUUCCCAGGAGAAGUCCAAAAAAGCCUGAUGAUCUUGGAAGCAUGCUGCGAAAGGCUGCCGUUGGAUGUGGCUUGCAGACUUGAGGCUUGCUAUGGAAUUGUCCAAGUUCCUACCGGGCCCUGGUUCUGUCGGAAAUGUGAAUCUCAGGAGAGAGCCGCCAGGGUGAGAUGUGAACUGUGUCCCCACAAAGAUGGAGCCCUGAAACGGACCGACAACGGAGGGUGGGCUCAUGUCGUCUGUGCUUUGUACAUCCCAGAGGUGCAGUUUGCCAACGUGCUCACCAUGGAGCCAAUUGUUCUGCAGUACGUACCCCACGACCGUUUCAACAAGACCUGCUACAUCUGUGAAGAGCAGGGCAGGGAGAGCAAAGCAGCCUCUGGAGCAUGCAUGGCCUGUAACCGUCACGGCUGCCGGCAAGCUUUCCACGUCACCUGUGCCCAGAUGGCUGGCCUCUUAUGUGAAGAGGAAGUCCUAGAAGUCGACAAUGUCAAAUACUGUGGCUACUGCAAGUACCACUUCAAUAAAAUGAAGACCUCACGUCACUCUGGAGGUAGCUCCUUCAUUGCUGGAAGAAGGAGCCGAUCCACGUCCCCUGCUCAAGAGAAGCAUGUGUCCCACCACGAAAGGCCAAAGAAGAGUCGGAAAGACAAGGAAAGACCUAAACAGAAGCACAAAAAACGUCCGGAGUCUCCCACCAGCCUUACCCCGUCCUCGGUGCCCGUCACUGCAGAGAAGGGUUCUACCAGCCACCAUGAGGGGAGCAAAGAGACCUCGGAGGUCGGCCGGUCAGAGGUGAAAGGCAAGAAGUCCUCGAGCCAUGGCAGCAGCCACAAGGGGAAAAAGACAGGAAGUGGGAAAAGCUCAGUUGGCUUCAGCUCAGCUUCAUCCAGUGGGACCUUCCAGCCUGCAGGUACCUCCUGCAGCAACUUGCAGUGCUCCCAGGACUUUGUGACAUUCCCCAAGCUUGAGCAGGAUGAAGAGAAGUACCGGAAGCCUGUCUCUUCCUCUUCGUCUUCCCACUGCUCCCCUCUGUAUGAAGGCCAGAAGGGGGGGGACAUCUUUGAGCAGAAGGUGAUCUUCUCCGGCUUUGGGUCCAUCAUGCGCUUCUCCACCUCCGCAGUGAGCCAGCAGAGAGGCCGUGAUGCUUCCCCCGUGGACUAUAAAGCCUCAAACCCUGUCGGCGGCCCUUCGGUGGGGACCAGCGGGACCAGUGGUAGCAGCGGUAGCCACAAGCGCAUGCCAUCCCUCAGCAUGGAGGAGGGAGAGGUGCUGAAGGAAAAGAAGCACAAAGGUAGCAAGAAGAACAAACAUGGACCUGGCAGGCCAAAAGGGGGCAAAAGCAAAGAGAUUUUGGGUGCCCAGCUGGCUGGGUCCACGUCUACUUCCUCAUCACCUUUCUCCGGGGGCUCUCUUGUUAGCUCCAGCAUCGGCAAUUCUUCGCGGUCCUUCAGCCACACAGGGAACCUGCCCAGCCUCAGCAUGGAGUCCCCGCUGCUGGGUUCAGGGAUCUACACCAGUAACAAGGACCCUAUUUCCCACGGGGGUGGAGUGCUCCGCGCUGUGUGCAGUACACCCCUCUCCUCCAGCCUGCUGGCACACCAGGGUACGUCGUCUCUCCCACAGCUCAACCGGUCUCCCUUUGCUAGCACCAUCCCAGCCUCCUCCUCCUCGGUCUCCACCACGCAGGUGUUCUCACUGGCAGGUUCAACAUUUAGUCUCCCUUCCUCACAUAUUUUUGGAAGCCCCCUCGCAUCUGGGCUAUCAAUCAACCCACUCUUAAAUCAGUCGGAAAGCAGCCGGGCAGAGCCCGACCUGGAAGACUGCAGUUUUGGCUGCCGAGGGACGUCGCCCCAGGAGAGUCUCUCUUCCAUGUCCCCCAUCAGCAGCCUUCCAACCCUCUUCGACCAGACAGUGUCCUGUAGCAGCAGCGGGCAGCUGGAGAAUGUUCCCCAAGCUACCCCAAACAUCGAGCAGCUCCUGGAGAAGCAGGGCAAUGGAGAAGCCGGCGUAAACAUUGUAGAAAUGCUCAAAGCCCUGCACUCGCUGCAGAAGGAGAAUCAGCGGCUCCAGGAGCAGAUCAUGACGCUGACGGCCAAGAAGGAGCGUUUGCAGCUCCUCAAUGUCCAGCUCUCCGUCCCUUUCCCCGUGGUGACCAGCAGCAACGGCCCAGGCAGCCAGGCCCAGUACAUCCUGCCUCCCAACGUGUGCAACAACGAUUCCCUGAGCAUCAGCAAGAGCCCCCCGUGCAAGAACAGCUUUGGGAUCGAGAACUCGCUCUCCACUUCCUCUGAGGACCCUCAUUCAGGUUGCCCCAGCAGGAGCAGCUCUUCCCUGUCCUUCCACAGCACUCCUCCGCCCCUGCCCAUGCUGCAGCAGAGUCCUGCCUCGCUACCCCUGCCCGGGGUGCAGCAGGUGAAUGGCCUGGCCAGGGUGGCAGGCAGCGGGCUGGGGGGAGGCACCUCUGCCAGCCACAGCCUCUCCACGGUGCCCAUGGUGGACGGCCUGAUGGGGACCCUGGCAGGAGGCCAGCAGAUGCCCAUCAACGGGAUCCUGGGGAAUCUGAACGGAGCUCAGGCCGCCCAGCCUCCGAGCGCGCUGACGCAGGCGAGCGGGCCUCCGACCUUGCAGCUCUCCACCAGCCUGAGCAGCAUGCCCAGCCUGAGUCCCCUGACAGAGCAGCAGCGGCACGUCUUGCACCAACACGAACAACAGCUCCAGCAGCUUCAGCAGCUCCUGACUUCCCAGCCGCUUAAUCCGGAGCAGCAGGCCCUGGUGUUCCAGAUGAUGCAGCAAAUCCAGCAGAAGAGGGAGUUGCAGCGGCUGCAGAUGACAAGCUCGUCCCAGCUGUCCAUGACCAGCCUCCUGGCAGCCACCUCUGCCCCCCUGCACUCCAGCACCAGCUCCCUGAUGACCUCGGCCCCUCAGCCGCCCCCCAGCAGCAGCUCUCUCAUGGCCUCCCUCUCCCCGCAGCAGCUCAACCCUAGCAAUACCCUCAUGGCUGCCCAGGCCACGCCACCGCUCAGCGCUCCUGGGAACAGCCUCCUGGCUUCGGGAACAGGCAUCCCACCGGUCCUUACAGCACAGACUAACCCGUUUCUCAACCUGCAGGCCGAUGGCAACACCCCAAAAGGAACGAGCAUGAAUGAAAAGGGAGCUCCUCUUACCCAGGACAAGGGCUAAGCUCCCCGCUCAACCCGAACAAACCAGCAGCCAACUCCUCUCAGCCAGGGGAACGUGGCUUUCCACAGUCAACUUUGAUACUGUUAGAGCAAUGAGCACAAGGCUUCCAAGAAGCAUUUCCUGCCGCUGGGCAAUGCCAAGAGGUGCUUUGGAAGACAGCACGUCUCUGACCAAGCCCUGGUAUCGGGAGGAGUGAAGGUGGGGGGCUGCCUGCCGCCCCGGUCCAUGCCACACACGCUCAAAGUGAAGCUGUGUUUCCACGCAGAGUGGAGGAGGGAGUUAACACCAGAUGUCUGCCAGUCUCUUCCCUGCCGUGAGUGCAAGCGUGUGUUCACGUGCGUGUAGCCGCUAGAGACCAUCGAGCAUCCUUGGCCAAGACCUUGGUGGAGGGAGGCCCCUCUGCUGAGGCCUCCUUUCUGCACAGUGCAGAGGAACCUGGCAGUGCCCUCGGAGGCAGCAUUGGAUGUGACACAGCUGGGGAAGUGGGACCUGGUGGCAGUGCCUACGUGGUCUGCUUCGCCCAGAUGGGGAGGUUAAGAAGAAGUUCUGUAGCUGAGAUUUCUCACCUGCUUUUCAUCUGCUGGGCUCUUAGGAUGCUCUUCUCUCUGUAGCCGUCAUAUGAAGCCCUGACACCUCAGCUGGAUCCAAACCCAGCCUGAAAAGACAAAAGCGGUGGAGCGAGGGGUGAGGACUGGUGCUUGGGGAGGAGGUGAAAGCCACCUGCUUCUUUAAAGGACGUUGCCACAUCUGCUCUGCCAGCUGCUGUCGGUUCGGUGCCGUACUUUUCACGUGAAAAGCACACUCCUGCUCCUUGUGCCAUCUCUCACUCCUUCCUUCCAAGAUUUCCAAAGGCUAAAAUUUCAGCUUGCAGAAAGGGGCUGUAGCCAGUAUUCCCCCCUGUCGUAGCCAACUUCAGAAGGUGCAUUUGAACCCGGCGUUUGUUUCCCAGGCCUGAGCUGGGAGAUAGAAACGUGCGUGUGGAAGAGAGAGUCCCAGAUCCGGUCCUUGUUCGUUCUUACCCACCACAAAUCACUUCAGUCUGGCAAAACCCCGUUCUUCCACUGGCCUUGGGCACUUCCAAAAAGGGAUCUCCAAGCAAUGGGACAAUUACCAGGCUCCUAAGCUAGGACAUCGGACCCUUCAUUGUUCUCCACCUUUCGACCUUAACUCCGUCUUGCAGCCUGGAACCUCAGCAAAGAAUUCGGCGUCCUCUGAGCUCGGAUGCGACGGAUUGAUUGAAGGACAGGUGGGGCAGCUCCGGGGGAAGGGGAACAUCUACGUCAAACGUACAAAUGCCCCUUCUUUUCCUCAUCCUCUGGUUAAAUCCAGAUCUCCUGGGGGCAGGCGGGAAGACUCCAGCUAAUAGAAACUCUGAGGGUCUUAAAAACAACAAAAAAAAAAAGACAAAAAAAGUUGUCAGACCUUAAUGGAUAUUUUUCAGCACAUUCCCGCUGCCCCUAACUAGUUUGCACUAUUCAAAUUUGUCAGCAGUGGGUCUGUGCUGAUAGUACUAGAAAAGCUUGUUAUAGGCAAAACUCAUCUGCUAAAUAUCUUUAUUUGAUUUUCUUUCUUUUUUUUUUGUUUGUUUGUUUGGAAGAUUGUCACCACAAUGGUUGAAUAAGGCUAAAAGGAGAGAAAAUACCUUUCUGAUCUCAGCCUCCAGUUCUGUGAACUGGGCAGAACACUGCUGUCUGCUCAGAGAUAUAUAUAUUAUAUAUAUAUAUAAUUUUUUUUUUUAUAAAGAAAAGCUAAUGUUUUAACAAGGUUAAGAAGCUAUUGGGAAGAUGGAGAUGGCAGCUAAAAGUGAAAAUGCAGGGAAAAAAUAAAAAAGUCUCCCUUCCUUGCGGUCUCUGCAGCACAGACCUAGCGAGGAGCACUGAACCGCGGCUCUUGCUGACACAUUCCCUGUCCCCAGCCACCUCCCGGGCUGAGCUGUGCCACCUCCCAUCACCGGGCGCUUCCAGACUGUGAAUGAGAUCUUUCAGUUGCGAAUGGUUUGACUCUAAUUUUGCCUCCCUGUCCCCAAAAUUGCUCUGGCACAAAUGUGUGCUUGCACUUUUUUUCCUUUUUUUUUUUUUUUUUUUUUUAAAUUUUAUUUCUUCCCCUGCCCCGAGCUGUGUUGUCCCUCCCUCCCCUCUGCAAGCAGAGGUGCUCCCCAAACCGCCCCGGCGCAGAGACCCUCUGUUUCUGCCUCGCAGCCCCCUCCACACGUGAGGAGUCCUGGGCUCGAAAGCCAGCCGCAGAAUGGCUAUUUCAGGGCUGCCGUGCUAAAUCCGGCCCUGAAGUGCUCUGUUUGCGCGUGAUGGCUGCCUGCACGUGAAGGCUCUACCUGCCAACCUUCGGCAAGCGACAGGUCCUCGGGAUUUGGGAACGGACAUUCCUCAGCGCUGGUUUGGGUCAGCAAGAUGAUGGGCAGAAGCGUUGGGGGUAAAACAGUGGCCGUUAAACGUGCAAAUGUGGUCUCUGCCCGCUGCUUGCCCAGCUGUGUUUGUCUGGGGGUUGAUUUUUAUUUUAUUUUUCACUUUUUUUUACUCUUAAGGUCCCAAAUUUGUGUUGCCACCUGUUUUGCUGUCAUGCUGACCAUCAGCACGGCCGCUCUGUAACCGCAAGGGCCUGACUUGGUGCCCAGACCUCGUCAAACUCUUCCAAAAUCUAACCACGUUUCACGCCCUGGAAUUAGAAACAUGCCAGUACCAGGAAGAGAGGGGAUGGGAAGGAGGGAAGGUUGGUUAGCAUCUAUCCCUUGUGUCCCACAACAAGAUUUUGGGUGCCCAAAUCCCUGGGCGACAAGAGAAAACUCGCAGGGGGUCAGCGAGUUGAUGGUGAGUUUGCAGGCAGGAGGGUGAACCGUGCUGUACGGGGCUCCGCACCCCUACUGGGAAAAUAUUUGGGAGCCCGUGCGUCAGAAGAGGUUGGAAAUCAAGGACUGAAUUCAAGGAAUCGGUUUUGUAGGCAGGAUUGCUGUUAAAAGUAGGGAGGGCUGAGCUGCGCAGCGUCCCGGCUGCCCCCUGCUCUGUGCUGGCCGUGCCGUUGGUGGGGGGUGGUGGCGGUGGUUGGAGUACGAAGCCUCUCUGAUCUCCGGGGUUCUUCCAGAGCUGGGGGGGGGGGGGGGAAGAAGAGACAUAUAGCACUUAUGCAUUUCUCUGACAUCUUCCAAAGGCACCCGGUCCCUUUGAAGUGCGCUCCUUGUCUAAUCGCCUCAACCUGUCCCGGAGCCAAAGGUCCCUUUGGCAGAUUGAGGGGAGAAGAAGGGGGCACUGCUGGAAGGUCGACAUUAAACAUUUGUAUUUCUGUGAAAAAGAGGGAGAGCAAGGGAAAGGAAAAAUAAAAGCUAAAGAUUAUCUGUGUUUCAGUUGCACUGGGGUACGUUUCUUUACCCGUUUUGAUGCUAAUGUCUCAUUUAGUAUGUUGCAUGUGUCUUUUUUGUUUUGAUUUGGGGUUUUUUUUAUUAAAUAAAAGAGAAAAAUGUGUAUAUUUUUGGCAAUUUAAGGUAAUGUAGCUAAGAUAUAUUUUUUUCACGC